AAAUUUUAUUCAAACAAGAAUAGUCUAAGGUUUUCUUCAUCUUCAUCAUCAAUUCAUCCAUUUUUACUGACAAGCUAAGUUCCAUUUUCAACACCAAGUUCUUUUUUGUUUUAUCUAACAAGGCCAGAUGGGUAGUUCGGGUAACCAAUUACACUUUUUCUUCUUCCCUUUCCUGGCUCAUGGCCACAUGAUACCAUCUGUGGACAUGGCCAAGCUUUUUGCUUCUCGAGGCGUAAAGACAACCAUCAUCACCACUCCUCUCAACGCGCCUUUUUUUUCCAAAACCAUCCAAAAAACCAAAGAUUUGGGUUUUGAUAUUGAUAUCCAAACCAUCAAGUUCCCUACAGCAGAGGCAGGAUUGCCUGAAGGAUGUGAAAACACAGACGCAUUCAUUACAAAUGAAAAUGCAGGGGAAAUGACCAAGAAGUUUUUCAUUGCCAUAACCCUCCUUCAAGAACCCUUUGAGAAGGUACUGCAAGAAAGGCAUCCUGAUUGCGUUGUUGCUGAUAUGUUCUUUCCUUGGGCGACCGAUGCUGCUGCCAAAUUUGGAAUUCCGAGACUAGUGUUUCAUGGCACUAGUAACUUUGCUUUAAGUGCUGGAGACUGCGUUAGACUUUAUGAGCCACACAAGAAAGUUUCAUCAGAUUAUGAACCUUUUGUUGUGCCUAAUCUUCCCGGUGAUAUAAAGUUGACAAGGAAACAACUGCCAGAUUUUAUAAGAGAAAAUGUUCAAAAUCACUUCACGAAGUUCGUGAAAGCAUACAAAGAAUCAGAGUUGAGGAGCUUCGGUGUUGUUGUCAACAGCUUUUAUGAGCUUGAGCCAGCUUAUGCUGAUUAUUACAGGAAGGUUUUGGGCAGAAGGGCCUGGAAUGUAGGCCCGGUUUCAUUAUGUAAUACAGAUAUCGAGGAUAAAUCAGGAAGAGGAAAAGAAGCCUCAAUUGAUCAACAUGAGUGUUUGAAGUGGCUUGACUCCAAGAAACCCAAUUCAGUUGUUUAUAUCUGCUUUGGAACUAUGGCAAGCUUCUCUGCCUCUCAGCUAAAGGAGAUUGCAACAGGCCUUGAAGCUUCUGGCCAGCAAUUUAUCUGGGUUGUAAGAAGAAACAAAAACAGUGAAGAAGAUAAGGAAGAUUGGUUACCAGAAGGGUUUGAGGAAAGAAUGGAAGACAAGGGGCUGAUUAUAAGAGGGUGGGCACCCCAAGUGUUGAUACUUGAUCAUGUAGCAAUAGGUGCAUUUGUGACUCAUUGUGGAUGGAACUCGACUCUUGAAGGCAUAACUGCAGGGAAGCCCAUGAUUACAUGGCCUGUAUGUGCCGAGCAAUUCUAUAAUGAAAAGUUGGUGACUGAUGUUUUAAAAACUGGAGUUGGUGUUGGAGUCAAGGAAUGGGCUAGAGUGCGUGGAGAUCAUGUUAAAAGUGAAGCUUUAGAGAAGGCAAUCACUCAAAUCAUGGUGGGUGAAGAAGCAGAGGAAAAGAGGAGCAGAGCAAUUAAGCUAGGAGAGAUGGCAAUGAAGGCUGUUGAAGAAGGUGGAUCUUCUUGCUCUGAUUUCAAUGCUUUGAUUGAAGAGUUGAGGUCGUAUCGCCCUUGAAACUUCGACAGGAUUUCUAGAGGAUUGUCACGGACGUCGGACAGCAUAUGAUAUUUUGUUUGCAUUAGUUUUUGACAAUUUACAGCAUCUCAUUUCCUUCACGUGACCUGGAGUUGCAGUUUUUUUCCCCUCUAAAAAUGACUUGGGACUGUUAAAUGCAGACGAAGGCCA